AUGGCCAAACACACGGAACAGGGCAUUCGCCUCAGCUCGAUGUGUCCCACCUUCCUGAACAGCAAUUCGACCAGUCACACUUGGCCCUUUAGUGCUGUGGCCGAAUUAAUUGACAAUGCUUCAGACCCUGGUGUUCUUGCUAAACAAAUCUGGAUUAACGUUCAUGAAGAAGCAGGUCAGCUCUGCCUGAGUUUCACUGAUAAUGGCUGUGGUAUGACACCAAACAAGCUGCAUAAGAUGCUCAGCUUUGGCUUUACAGACAAAGGAGGAGGGCGUGCAGGCUUUAAGGCCAUCGGUGUUUAUGGGAAUGGUUUUAAGUCUGGAUCAAUGCGCCUUGGUAAAGAUGCACUUAUCUUCACUAAAAACGGAGGCUGCCAGUCUGUGGGGAUGCUCUCCCAGACUUACCUGGAAAACAUCAAAGCCCAGUGCGUCAUUGUCCCUAUUGUCCCUUUCAAUCAGCAAACCAAGUCACUGGUGGUGACUGAGGACUCUGAGGCCAGUUUAGCUGCUGUCCUCCAACAUUCUAUUGUCUCUUCCCAAGAACAAAUCCAGGCUCACUUUGACUCCAUCCCAUCAAAAAAAGGCACAAAGAUACUUAUUUGGAAUAUACGCAGGGCCAAAGAUGGCAAACCUGAAAUUGACUUUGAGACUGAUCCAACGGACUUCCGGCUGCCUGAAAUUCAAAUAAAAGAGCUUAAGGAAAGUUUGAAAAUAAGUGGAUUACUGACAGCAGAACAGAACCUCCCAGACAUGCAUUACAGUCUCAAGGCUUACCUCGAUAUUUUGUACCUGAGGCCAAGAAUACAUAUUAUCCUGAGAGAAAACAAGAUUCCCACAAAGUUGGUGUCGCAGCAGCUGACGCAUGUAGAGUACGAUGUGUACAAACCACACUUCAGUAAAGACAAAGUGAAGGUGACUUUUGGCAUAAACAAAGAAAACAGGAAGAACUAUGGCAUCAUGAUGUAUCACAAAAACCGACUUAUUAAGGCCUAUGAGCAAGUGGGCUGCCAGCUGAAGACUUCUGGACAAAGGGCCGGCGUAGGCGUCAUUGGUGUCAUUGAAUGUGAUUUUCUCAAACCUGCUCACAACAAGCAAGAUUUUGAGUAUACAAAAGAAUACAGACUUACUCUUGGCGCUUUGGGCAUGAAGCUUAAUGAUUAUUGGAAAGAGGUGAUGGGAAGAAAGUCUCGACAAGGAGAAGAUGAGGUUGUAGGAAAAGAACAAAACAAGAACACCACACCCACAAGAAAUGGAGAGAACAGUGCCACCUGGUUACAGUGUGAGGAGUGCCUCAAAUGGAGGAGUGUCCCAGUUGGUCAUUACAGUGUUAUUCCUGAAAACUGGACCUGCAGUCGAAAUCCAAACCCACGGUUCAGAAGCUGCUCAAGUCAAGAGGAGACUAAUGCGAUGGAAGACCUGCAUACAGCCAGUUACACAAAGACGCACUAUAAACGAGACUAUUCCCGGCAUAAACGGAGAGAACAAUCCUCAAAGGUGGUGGAAUCAGGGCCCAAACACGUCGGUAUUUUUUCAGAAACCGUUUUAUCCAGUGAUGACUCGGCAGCGGCAGCCACACUCUCUAAUGAAGCAGAGAUAUCAGAUAUGAUGACAGAGCAGGGCCCUGAGGCAGACGCUGUAACACAACCCCACACACAUCUACACACUGCAGAGGGACCUGAGCCAAGUUAUGCACUGGCCCAUAAUGCAACUGAGGAAACGGGGCACGAGGGCAAAGCCAUGGCCUUAAGCUGCAUGAAGAGAAAAUCAAGAGAACUAUUUCCACUUGCGGAGAAGAAGUCACGGCUUCAUGAAGAGGUAGAUUUGUCCAGGGACUCGGAUGACAACAUCUCCGAUAUCACAGACAGAGCCAAAGAAGACAGCGUCAGCAAAACACGGGGGCAAAACCCUGUCAGUAAGCCGUACCUGGUACAAAAAGAGCAUCUGAAUCUACUGGAAGAACUGACGCGUGAAAACCGCAAAUCUCAUCAGCUUCCCGCAGAUACCAGGACGCCAAGGAAAGACAAGAGCCCGUGCUCCACCAGAGAGAUCGGCUGUCAAGUAGAAAAAUCUGCUCCACAUGAGAGCAAGGCUUCUAUUCCCCAGUUCAUCGCCGACAGCACUCGGGCCGUGAGUGGAUUUAGGGAUCCUGAGCAGAAAAAAGAAGAAAGCUGCAAAGGUGAUCCUGAAGACAACAAAGCCAUGCUGGUGCAGGAGACACUGCGGGGCCUCCGGGUGAAUGUGGUGGUCCUCCUGUCCACACUCCUGCCUCAGCUGGACCUGUCCGACAUCAAUGUGGAGACCAGUGACGUGGACACCAUCCUGCAGCAAAUCAUCGAAGUCAACGAUCUCAACACACGCGUGCAUUCAUAG